AUGGCGCGGACCCUGAGACCCGACGACAUCAACCCCCGGACGGGGCUGGUGGUGGCUCUGGUCAGCGUCUUCCUAGUGUUCGGCUUCAUGUUCACCGUGUCUGGCAUGAAGGGAGAGACCCUUGGAGACAUCCCGCUGCUGGCCAUAGGGCCGGCCAUCUGUCUGCCGGGCAUCGCCGCUAUUGCCCUCACCAGAAAGACCGACGGCUGCACCAAGUGGCCCGAGGACAUGCGUCCGUGUUGUAAGCGAGUGAAGGACAGAGAUGUCAUGGAGCUGCUAAGGACCCCCUCAGACCUGGAGUCUGGCAAGGGGAGUUGUGACGAACUGGUCAAGAAAGCAUACCAGAGGGACAGGAGAGUGCUGCGGGGUGAGGAGAAUUCCAUUUUCGUCUGCACCACCGUCGCUGCCACCAUGGGAGAAUGCAACAGCCUCAUCGAGAAAGUGGAACAGGAAGACAUGCUGAAAUACCUGGAGACCCCUUACCCACAGAUGCCGCUGACUCUGUGUGUGGGAGAUGGCUCCACAUACAGUGCCUUGGAGAAGAAGAGCUCUUCUCCCAGCAGGGACAGCACUGCUUGCCCUGAAAUUGAAGACAACAUUUUUGUGGCACCUAAAGACAGUAUCAUUGUCUGUUCUUACAAGGAUAACAGCCCUUAUGACAAAUACUGUUGUUACAUAAACCCUACUGGAAUCAACUCAGACCAGGAGAGCAUAGUGUGAAAGACAUAUACUUUACAUAUAUGUGUGUAUACAAAAACUGCAACUUCAACUUCUUGAUAGGGGAUAAUAUAGCUGACUACACUGCAUGGGACAAUCCUGAUACUAUUUCAAUUUA